AUUCACUGAUCCAACAUGUCAUUGUGUCACCAGAUUAGAAGAACGGUUCGGGAUGUUUGUUCCUCGGUGGCGCCGAGGCGGCCAUGUGCUAAGAACCUUGCAGAAGGUGAAUCCAAACUAUGUGAAGAUGAUAUUGUCAUCAAGUUGGAUGGGAUCCUUGGAGAACCUUUAGUUCUAUAUACAUUACCUUCAAAACUAGAAAAUGAAACGCUCCUCUUAAAACACACAGAAGGCAGUUCAAGGAAGACUUUACUAAAAUACAAUAGAAAACCUCUAAAUAAUCCUAAAUACCAGUUCAACGAGAACAAUGGGUCAGUGGUGAUACACAACUUACAGAAAGACGACGAAAAGAAAUACGAGCUCUUGCUUGAAAAGGAAAAUGGAGAAGAAGAGUUCUGUAACAUUAGAGUCAAAGUCUACGAACGGAUCUCAAAUUUGAGGGUGACGGUAACAGAGGAUUCCCUGAACGACACCUGUAUGGUCACCAUGAACUGCUUGAUGGAUACCGGGGAGAAUGUGACCCUCGGCUGGAGGAAAGACGAUAAGAACCUGAGCCAUGAGGGCAGCACGUUAGAGAUCGGCAUCACCAGCGAUAAUGCCAACAGUACAUACACGUGCAACGCCAAAAACCCUGUGAGCGAGCAGUCGAGUAACCACACCUUGUCAUCCGCCUGUAACCCAGACAAAGAGAACAGUCAUCAUGGACUCAUUCUCUAUAUCUCGGUUUGGGCGUUCACUGUUGUUCUUACCAUAAUUGUGGUCACUGUGGUGCUCAAAAAACAAUGCAACGAAGGUAUGUACACAAAACGAUGCAUCAGUCACCCGAAUGGCGGACAAAGUAGACCCUCAGACCAGGUACCACAAGGUAGACCCCCAGCCCCCAAUCCAGUGUCAGAGCACACACAUGCAGACAUCAAUACAGUGUAUUCCGAAGUCAAUAAAACCGAGAAUCCGGUCCCUGAGAAUCCAAUCCAAUCUUCUUCGGUGUACGAUCUGGCUGGUCCUAGCAGAGAUUACCUACGGUCCCAGAACGGAGUCCCUGAAGACAACAGAGUAUCGGAAACCCACUUUUACAAUGAAUGACCUGAAGUAAAGGGAAUCUCUGACUCGCUGUUUACUCUCUCACCCAAUGAUUCAUCUCCUAUAAGGUACAACUCUGAUUUGUGAGAAAUCACUCUGGGGAUGACCGGCUUUGUGGUCACCAUACGUACAAGGCACAGGUUCCGGGUGGUUGUGUCACCUAGAGCCUGGGUUCUCUACCUGGGGUACACCAGGGGUUGCUUGGGGGUACGCGAAGCGCUGACAAAUACCGGCCAUGCAUUGUCCAGUAUCUGCCCGAGCUGCGGCCACGGCUGCUGUAAGUGACCUGCGUGGUUGCCGGGGAGAUGUGUGACCUCCCCUGACGUUGUGCGGAGUUGCAGCACAGCGCAGGAGGACAUCACACAUCAGUGCGGCCCGCCAAACUGGAUGCGCUGCGUGAAGGAGCAGGCAAUGGGACCGCAGGACGCCAGAGAUCUGAGGCCUCAGUGAAUUUCCUUUCAGCUCAACCCAACUUCUUGAAGGAACCAACGUUUUCCAUGCAUUGGAGCUCGGAUAUAACCAAAUAAAGGUUCUGCUCAAGUGUCAGCGGAAAUGGACAUCAGGUCUUCUCAUGGAAUCUACACUCCGGACAAUUAUUACAUUUUUUUAAAACAUUUUUUAAAGGGUACCUUUCAUCAAA